AUGGCAGCCAAUACACAGGGAGCUAAAGACCACUGGUCAGCUGAGGCUUAUGCUACCUCUGCAUCCUUUGUGCCGAAGCUCGCCGGCAAGCUGCUUCAAUACCUGGACCCCAAACCAACAGACAAAAUCCUCGAUAUCGGCUGCGGUGAUGGAAAAUUCACAGACAAUUUCAUUCCAGCCAUCGAGUCUGUCCUAGGUAUUGACUCAUCUCAGUCUAUGAUCGGGUCUGCCAACAAGGACUACGGAAGCCCUAAGGCUAGUUUCCGCGUUGUGGACUGCCGGUAUCUGGAGAAGGAAACUUCAAUUGUGAAUGGAUCGUGGGAUAAAGUGAUCUCCAACGCAGCUCUCCACUGGAUCCUGCGUGACGAGACAACACGGAUGUCAACCCUUCGCGCCAUCUAUGGCAGUCUGAAGCCUGGCGGUACUUAUGUAUUUGAGAUGGGUGGUCAUGGUAAUGUUGCCGAGGUCAAGACGGCUCUGAUCUAUGCUCUCGUGCAGCAGGGCAUUCCCAUUGAGAAGGCGAAGGAGACGAGUCCUUGGUUCUUCCCGUCUGAUACUUGGAUGCGGAGUGCGCUGGAGGAAGUUGGGUUCCAGGUCGAAACGGUUGAACUGGAAUACCGCCCGACUAAGCUCACUACCGAUGCCAAGGGUGGAUUGGAGGGAUGGGUUCGACUGAUGGGUGCUCAAUUCCUGGAGGCUCUGCCUCAGGAGAAGUGGGAUGCUGUGGUGCGUCAGGUUUGUGACGUCCUUGAGGACGUUGUUACUCGCGGUGAAGAUGGUAGCCAGUGGCUGGGAUAUGUGCGGCUCAGGGGUAUCGCGAAGAAGAUUUAA